CCCAGUCCUGAUGUGCCUGCAGGCUUUCUAAACCUCUUUCAAUCUCCUGGCACCUGGGGAGCUGGGAUAAGUUGGUACAUCACUGUACUUAAGCCCACAAUAUGCUCAUUCAGGUUAUUAAGAGUCAGGUUGAAAUGAAAUCUUGAAAUCACAUGAGCUCCUUCAAAUAUGGAUUAGACACUCCCGAUCAACUGACAGGUUCCUGUAUAACACAUCUUUCAAAUAUUUAGAUUGAUAUGGAGUUCUGCCAUUAGAAGCCUUUUUAACACAAUGCAAGAAAGCUAGAAUAUCUGUUGAAAUGACACCAACUUUAAAUACACCUUUAGCGCUGAGCUGACAGAGGAACUAGAGAAGAUAUUCAGAUCCCUGUGGACGAAUUAAAACAGUGCCUGUGUCUUUAAAGAGGCCAUCUUUGUGGCGAACAGUCUGACUAAGCCUGUGGAGCAACAGGAAGUUACAUCAAGCAAUGUAACUAAAGCAAAAGGAGCCCUUUGCUGGAGUUGCUGUGGCUAGGAAUUCUGCUCAAGCAUGGGGUGACACUCUGGUUGGUUUUUUUCCCCCAUAUGAGCUGCACAACAUUUCGCAACCUUUUUCACAGAGCCUGAAAAGAGGGGAGAACAAAGUCCAUGUGUUAGUGGACACACCUAGCUCAGGACAGAAACUUCGUUUUCCUUUCCCAGACCACAGAGGUGAAUCCAGCUAUGCCUGUGGAAGAGCUCAACCCGUCCCAUUACCAAGCGAGCCGUGCUGCCAAGGUGGCGGAGCACUACCUGAACUACCACUACGGCUCCCCUUUCAGAAGGUUUAUUAUUCGUCAGGUUAAAAGGGCCACUUUAGAGGAAAUUCCUACAGGAGCAGCAAGGUAUCACAUUGAAUUUUCACUGGAAGAGAUGGUCAGCAAUACAACCAUUGGAAACUGUGCCGCAGAAAUAGUUUUUGAGAGAACUGAGGAGCAGAAAACUCCUCAAGUUCAAUGCACUUGUGAUGACCUCCUGAAAAUAAACACUUCUGAAGCAGAGAACAGUUUCUUCCACCAGAUCAAGAAAAGUUCUGCCCUUGUAUCUGGCCAGUACAUUCCAGACAGCUAUGGAUUCACUGCGCCGGAAAUGACACCCUUGUGGCACCUGGGAGGAGUGGCCGCAAGCUUUGUGAUGUUGAAGGAAUCCAAUGAAUCCACACUAUACAAUAUGGCGCAAAUCCUGAGCCUACAACAGCAGGAAUCAGAAGGCGAAUCCCUUGAAUUUGACUAUGAAGUCCUUCUUCAUGAGUUCAUAUCACAGGAAAUGAUCCAGUGGCACAUGAAGGUUAACUGGAGUCCGACAGAGGGAGUAAAAGUAACUCAGAGUAAUUUGCAACCCAAACACCAUGACCACUCGCCAACGACAGAAAACCCAGUCAUCAAUUCCUCCAGCACCUAAUGUUCUUAAAGUCGCUACUGGGAAAAGACCUCAGGCCACCCUGGCAGUAGCAUACAAAGCUGACAUAGUAAUGCAUUAAUUACAAAAAUAACCUUGGAAACAGAAGCCAAUACUGAGAAAUUAACAUCUGAUGGUCUAUGUAGAACAGAAUGUCUAAUAAUUAUUCUCUAGCCUUCUUAGCACGUAUAGAUAUGAAUUCCAACAAAUGUAUUGAUUGCAAAAGUACAGAAAUAAAUACCAAUAAAUUCAGGGAUGUGAUGUGAAUUAUUA